GGCACAGGAGUGCUGUGUUGGCACACUUCAUUUUUCCUUUCAGCACGUUUCUUCCUUCAUUCCAGAAGUCCCUACUACUGCAAGGAUUUCUUUUGUUUUCCCCCCAAAGGUAUAUAGGUUAUCGGUCAUCUUGACCGCUGCAAGGCACAAAUCGACGCCAGUGCUACAGCUUGCUCGCUUGCACGCGUGUGGCUAGCCCCUCCAGAUCCCCACUCGUCUUUCCACAAUGGAAAACCCUCCGCAAAUCCCAGUCUACAGAACUUUCAAGAUCAACUGCCCGUCAGUGUCGGUUACAAUUUCGGCAGACGACACUCCACUUCCUCAAGGGCUGGGUGAAGUGAAAAGUCCAGCCAGCCUGGUCACGAUCAACCCCGGUGUGGCACCGGCCCCGGAAACCGCUUCCACUAUCCCGGUUGGCGACAGCGUGCAAAAUGGAUGCAGGUCAGAAGAACAUGAUGAGCCGACGGUAGCGCCCGAGCCGGUGCACACAGCGAUGCACCAACGAUCUUCUUCGAGGGCUGCUAAUUCUUUGUACCGCGGCGUGUCAGCAAUUCUGCCUAUGGAGGACGAAGUUGAGGAGACCUGGGCUGUUAUGAGAGGCGACACUGAACAGCAGGAACCUCAUGACUUCACCUACUGGGAUAAACUCCGUCGGCAACACACGAAAACAGAGAUCAGACGAUGGACUUCAUUCUUACCAGAAACCCAACAAGACACCGCGUUCUACGGCAGGAACAUCGAAGUGGACGUACCCGUAGCAGCCUACACACAAGGCACGUACUACCAAAGACAGCCGGAGUCAGUGGAUGUGAAAGAGUUCAAGUUGCCCACGGAGUCUUACGUGGCACCACCUGUUUACAUCCGAAGGACAAAGGGCAUCUGCAACGGACUGUUCACCUGUAUAUCGUGCUUGGACAGCUGCACGUCGUAAACACGUGGAUGCCAGUCCUUUGAUGCAACUGCCCUGUCUAUCGGUCUUUUUUCUGUUGAACGUUAGUGUAUUCCUCUGGAACGCUUUCACGGGAGUUAUGCGGCCCAACUGUUUUUCCUGUUUUGAAUCGACAUUUGGUCAAAUAGUGGGAAGUUU